AUGGGGCGGAGUUUCAGCCCGGUGCCGGAACGGGGGGGGAUCACCGGGCGGUUGGAGAGGGUGGAAAAGGACGAGGAGGCGACCAGGCUGCGGGAACAGUUGCUGAAGAAGCAGAUGGAGAGGUCUGGCGCAAAGUCGACUGGACCACCACCGGCGUUCGAGCCUUCCCGGAAGAAGGGAAAGUCGGGCGAGCCACAUGCGGUCAUGUCCGUUGCGGCCAUGGAAUUGAACGAGGACAUUGUUGAGGGGCCAAGCAGGCCCUCGAGAACGGAAAAGCACCAUAAGCACGAGAGGCACGAGGAGAAACGAGGCCGGAGUCGUGAUUACGAUGAUGGCGAGCAUGAGAGAAAGAAGCACGAGAGGAGGAGCCACGGUGGGAAGAAGCGCCGGCAUGAAUGA